AUGGAUGUCAAGUCAGAUUUUCUCAAUGGCUAUCUUGAAGAGGAGGUCUAUGUGCAACAACCCCCCGGCUUUGAGAAUGGCUUUACCAAGUGUCCUUAUGAGCAUGUUCUCUACAUUAAGGUGAAUGCCAAUGAAGUUCUGAUUGUUUGUCUGUAUGUCGAUGAUCUAAUUUUUACAAGCAACAAUCCAAAGACGUUUGAAGAAUUCAAGAGAAAAAUGUGCUGUGAAUUUGAGAUGACAGAUUUAGGACUUAUGUCCUAUUAUCUUGGGAUAGAAGUGAAGCAGACGGAGGAAGGCAUUUUCAUCGUACAAGAAAAUUGUGCAAAAGAAGUUCUACAGAAAUUCAACAUGAGUAAUUGUAAUCCAGUUAACACUCCAGUAGAAUGCAACAUCAAACUUUCUAGAUAUGAUGAUGGUGCAAAGGUGGAUCCAACCUUGUUCCGAAGCUUAGUUGGAAGCCUGAGAUAUUUAACUUGUACAAGGUCGGAUAUAUUAUUUGGAGUAGGACUGGUUAGUCGUUAUAUGGAAGCUCCAGGGACAACACAUUUGAAAGCUGCGAAGAGAAUUUUACUUUUCAUCAAAAGUACUCUUGAUUUCGGAUUACAUUAUUAUGCCUCUAAUGUUUUCAGAUUUAGAGGUUUCAUUGAUAGUGAUUGGCGUGACGACACUGAUGAUCGAAAGAGUACCAGUGGAUUUGUAUUUUACAUGGGUAACACGGCUUUUACUUGGAGCUCAAAGAAGCAACCAAUUGUUAUUCUGUCAACUUGUGAAGCUAACUAUGUUGCUGUCAGUUCUUGUUUUACACAAGCAGUUUGGCUAAGGUAUUUGCUGAGUGAGCUUCAUUUUGCACAAAAAGAGCCUACUGAAAUAAACGUGGAUGACAAAUCAGCCAUUGCUUUUAGCAAAGAAUCCGUUGUUUCAUGA